AUGGAGCAACCUGCAAUUCAGCAGAAAUUUUUGGAUUUUAAUAAUGAAGGAAGAUUAUUAUUAGGAGAAAAUUUAAAUAGAUUUUUAUCAAAUGUAUCAUUAGGAGAAAAUUAUAAUAUUGAUGCACAUCAAUUAACAUGGAACGAACAUUAUGAAGUAGAAUUAGUUGUUGAUAUUCAAUCUUUUGUUGUUUCAGAAAUUCAAGAAAGAUUUCCUGAUAGACCUUUACUUAAUUCAAUAAAAAUACUUGAUCAUACAAAUUGGUCAAAUAGUAAAGAAGCGCUUGCAAAAUAUGGGGAAGAAGAGUUAAAUAUUUUAUCAGAAUUUUAUAAAAAAAAAGUCAAUAAUUUUUGUGAAGAAUGGUUUGGAUAUAAAGCAAUAGUAUAUUCAAAUUUUAAAAAUAUAAAAAUUGAAGUAUUACUUCUAAGAUUAUUUAAAUUUUAUUAUGAUACUUUUCCAAAUAUUAUCAAAUUAUUAGGAAUUAUAUAUUCUAUUCCAUUUUAUCAGUUGAUUAUGAUGGUUGGUUUAGAAGAAAAAGAUUUAUUUAAAUUUGAUUUUACUAGAGCAUUACAAAUUUAG